CGACUUUAUCUGCAUAUUUGAAAGAACUAAUCUGCAACUUAGAGAAAUAUUACGGUUGAAGUUUCGGAAAAUGUUGUUAGUGGACUGCUCUAGCUGUCGUACGCCGCUUCACCUCCCUCCCGGAGCCACCAGGAUCCGCUGCGCUCUUUGCCACGCCUUCACGCUCGUCGCUCCCGAGCCCCAUCACCAAUCUCACGCUCCGUCGAGCCAUCUUCCUUUCUCCAACUCAUUUAAUGUUCCACCACCAUCUACUUCCUUCUACCCGCCGCCUGUUCCAUCUCAUUCCGUAUACCCGCCGCCAACACCGUCUACGUUAAGUCACUCAUUAUCAGCACCACCUGCUUUUAGUCACGUGCCAUCGGCACCGUCUCCUUAUAGUCACGCGCCACGAGCACCAUCUCCAUUCAGUCACGCACCAUCUGCACCGUCUUCUUUCAAUCAUGGGCAUUUUGAACCGUCUCCCUACAAUCACGCGCCGCCGGGUCCUCCACCGCCGGUACAUGGACAGAAGAGAGCGGUGAUCGUCGGGGUGACGUAUAAGGAUACAAAGAGCGAGUUAAAAGGAUGCAUCAAUGACGCUAAGUGCAUGAAGUUCAUGUUGAUGAAGCGUUACAAUUUCCCCGAGUCUAGCAUUCUUAUGCUCACCGGUAUUGAUUAUUCUAUUUUCUUUACAUCCUUCAUGUUUUCUUGA